CUUAGCACUCUGUAUUGCAUAUCUGGACCCUGUAAUAUAUGACAGCACCCUGUCCUAUAUGGACCCCGUACACUGUGCCUCCCAACCCUGAACUGUGUGACAGCACCCUUUACUAUCCUCCCUGUACCCAUUUGCCAUCUAUGUAUCUCAGUACCAUGUACUGUAUAUACUGGCAACUUGUACACCCGUGGUCCGUGUCACAGAAAUAUUUCUCUGCGGAGAGGGCCUUGGCAGAACUAUUCCUUACAUAGACAUCAUCAGCCUAUCAGAAUUCAGCCAAUCAGAAGGCAGCAUUUCAUUUUGCUUAUAUCAAAUAGAAACAUGGGUUCUCAAACGAACCAGUUCUAACAUAUUAGGCUAGGGUUAAUCAAACGAAACUAAACUACUAUAUAAAUAUCACACGUGAUAAUGCGACUACUUUUUGUCAUAGUUAUAUUUAACUUAGUUACAUGACCGCCUCAAUACAACCCAUUGGAAUCAACCUUCUAAGGCCCAUAAGUCAAACAUACAGUAGAAAUAUGAUGAUUUUAAUGAGGGCAUUUUUUUUAAUACGUCCGAGGUACAGCGAUGGGGAUUUCACAACUAAAUACCAAUGCAAAAAUACACAUUUAUACUAGAAAACAUAUGCGUAAUUUAGAGAACAGUUCUUUUUCACUUUUAUUCAGGUGAACCACCAGGACAACCAGACCUGGAACUAGCUGGUGAUGAGAUAUACGCUGGGGACACUAUUAUCCUUUCAUGUUUAGUAGUAGGUGGCAUUCCCGAACCGACCAUUGGCUGGGAAAGGGAUGGCCGGGAUCUGAACACCGUAAAAACCUGGGAACGUUCUGGCAAAACAAUUGUUUUCAAUGCGACUACAUCUUUUACGUUAACACACAAUGAAAACCAGGCCUUGUUGAUCUGUGUCGUUGGUUACAACGGAAGUAACAGCUUCUAUCGACGUAACGUCACCCUGGAUGUAUUAUAUCCCCCCAUCCUGACUUUAACAAACGAUGUAAACGUUAACGAAACAGAUGACGUCAUCAUCCAGUGUAACGUCACCUCAAAUCCCCUAUCAGAUGUGAGUUGGAUAGGACCAAAGGACAGCGACUAUUCAAAUGAAACGACAUUGAACUUCACGAAUAUAUACCGUACCGCCAUUGGCAACUACACAUGCAAUGCUGAGAAUUCCAUCAGCAGAGAGGAGAACACUACGAUGGUCUACGUGAAUGCUCCCCCGAAAAUGUGUCUAUAUCAGCACGAAUUUACAGAAGAUAAUGAGACCGUGGAGAUGCGAUGUUCGGGAACAGGAAUCCCGACACCGACCAUUACCUGGUACAGGGAGGCUGAACAGAUGGCUAACACGAACUCUGCCAACCAUACUAUUGAGGAUGAAAUGGCCCCUGACAAUCCGUAUCUGGUGUCCAGUACCCUAACUUUGUCUGGUAUUGGGAAUGAGGAUGUGCUUGGAUACAGAUGUAGUGUCAUAAAUGAAAAUGGCGUCACACAAAAAACAUUCAGAGUCC